AUGGUUAUGGAUAUUUUUCUUAGGAACAAAGGCCCCCUGGCUAGAGCUAAUGAUACUAGGCAGCACCUUACCAAGCCUGCCAGUCAGAAUCUUAGCAAUAAUUUUAUAAAAGGUUGUACACCCUGCAAUGGGCAUGUAGUCCUUGAUGUGUUUAGCACUGUCACUCUUGGGAAUCAAGGUGACCACAGUGUUAUUGAAGCCUCUAUACAACUUUCCAUUCUUGACAAAUUCCAUAACAGCUGCAGUGACAUCCUUCUUGACAAUUUGCCAACUAGCUUUAAAGAAUUUUGCAGUAAAACCAUCCAUAUCAGGGCUUUUAGCAUCACCAAUGCCUUUCAAUGCUUUUUAUAUCUCCUUCUCAAUAAUAUCCCUCACCAAGAACUUUCUCUGCUCCAUAGUAAGCUGAUUACCUCUUCUCAUAAUGUCAAUAUCCACAUGAUUCAAGUAACUAUCCUCUUUCCCCAUCAAAUUUUCAUAGAACUCAACAACCUCAUUCUCAAUCUCAUGUUGACUAUUUAA